ACAGCUUCUCUGUUUAUAUGGGCUGUUUCGUAUAAUGUUCCUGACAGCAGCGCGGAAGUUAUAUGCAGCUCUUUUCUCCUACCCUGGAUGACAUUUCCAAUGUAGUCUUCAGCCCUGAGAUUUCUUGGUGGUCUCCCAUCCACAUAUGAACCUGGCCCUUUCUUCUUUUUUAACCAGCCAACAUCAAGGAUCUAGUUAGGUGUCUGUUGCAUUUUAUGUGGGCAUAAUCGGCAUUCCAUAGUUGCCAUGCUGUCAUUUCUACAAGGUGUAUCAGCUGACUCUUUCUUCCACUCUUUUACAUUGGCGAGCUCUGCUUUUAAUCUACAAGUUGCUACCCCAGGGGGGAAGCCAAUUGAUUUUGUUGGAGUUAAUGAAGCAAAUAUGCGUUGGAUCCAGGAUUUCCGGAUGAAAUCCUACGCAAAUCCGGCCAAGUUGGAAUCAACUGAUGGUGCAAGAUACCACGCUUUGUUGAUCCCUGACUGUCCCGGUGCUUUGACAGAUCUAUCAAACAGUGGCUACUUAGCUAGAAUAUUGCAGCAUUUCAGUUCGGAGAACAAGCCUAUUUGUGCUAUUGGAAAUGGAGUUGCUGCCUUAUGUUGUGCCACGAAUGAAGACAAAUCCUGGGUGUUUCAAGAAUACAGCUUAACAGGGCCUUCUGUCUAUGAACUUGUAAGGCUUCCUAGUUUUGCUAGUUUACCCAUUAUUGUUGAAGACUUUUCAAAAGAUUCUGGAGCUACUUUUAGUGCCAGCAAGGUAGAUGCAGUUCAUGUCGUGCUUGACAGACACCUUGUCACUGGACAAAAUGAAAAUUCUACAGUUGCUGCUGUACAGAAUCUUAUUUUUCUCUGCAGUGGCAGCAGAAAAUGACGGAAACGUCCCUGUGGCUGAGCAGAACAAAUGAACACGGAAGAGUUAUUUGAUUUGCUAACCUUUCAUUUAUGAACCAACAGAAAAGCUGAUUUCUAAAAGUGAUAUUUUGUAGCUUAUGAACAAGCAAAUAUUAAUUCAUAUAGUAAGACCUGCCUGUUAUCAGAUGUACCAGUAUUCAUAGAUAUUCGUAGUUUAUAUGAGUCUUAAGGAUAUUUCUUCCUACCCUCUCACUUUCAUAAACUGAGGCUAAAUUGAUU